GAAGAAAUCAGCAUCCUUCAUAUCAUUUAAAACAACUCAGCAGCUAUAAAUACUCGUUGGAAGCCAAAAACACACCAUACAAAAAACUAUGGCCAAUUCCUCCGCCAUUAUCUUUUCCUUGGCCCUCGUCACCGCUCUGAUCAUCUCCGCUGACGCAGGCAGCGAUCACAGGGUGAGCUGGGUUCCGCUGAGACCCCGCUGCGAGGGUUCGGUAGCAGAGUGCAUGGAUGAUCAUGAUGAUGAGUUUGGCAUGGACUCAGAGAUCAGCAGGCGCAUCUUGGCCACCUCACAGUACAUAAGCUAUGGAGCUCUGCAGAGAAACACUGUGCCUUGCUCUCACAGAGGUGCUUCCUACUACAACUGCAAGUCGGGUGCCCAGAGCAACCCCUACAAACGCGGAUGCAGUUCUAUUGCCCGUUGCCGGGGUUGAUCACCAGUGUAGCUGUUUUAUGUUAUGGAUUUAAGUAACAGAUCAUGCUGUGAAUUGUAAUGCUCAUACUAUUGCUUUAUCUUUCUGUUUUUAUCCCGACAAUACUGUAGUCGAAAUUUUCUUGAUCAA